AUGAUGAGUUUACAGACGUUUAUUGUGAUAACGUUCGUCGCAUUGACGAAAGCUGAUGAGGCCUACGAAAAUAAGUUGACCAAAUUAUGGUCCUUAUCUAGUGCUUCAAAUAGUGAUGGAUCUGUUAAUGUUACUAGCACAUCGAUAGUUAUACAGCCUUCAGGUUACAACAGGGAAGCGAGGAUAAACAACAAAUAUGCUUUCAAGCCCCGAGCGAUACCUUUAAUAAGAGAUCAGCCCUCAAAUGUUUAUUAUUCACAAGAUGUGAAGUACAAACCAAAGAUGCUUUUCUCAGGUAAUUAUAUCCCAAUUGCCGCAGAGAAGGGUAAUGAAAAUCUUACUGAGUCAACUGAAAAAGAACCGUUUCACCCUAGGGAUAUUCCCUUGAUAAGGAGUCAGGAGUUCCAAAGGAGGUCAUUGGACGUGGACGAAGAGCCAACGAUUGAGAAGCCUGAAGGGUUCACAGAACAAGCUGCUUCAAGGAGAUCGAUAUCUUAUAUGCUUGGCCUCGAUGGAGAAGACCCCGAAGAAGAGGAGGAAGAGGAAGAAGAAUAUGAAUACGAAGAAGCGAAAGGAGGCAAGAAGAAAAUCAAGAAGCCCAAACUCAAGUUGAAAUCUCACAAGCUCAAGAAAUACGUUGUACCAUUACUGAUGGCCUACAAGAUGAAGUAUUUCGCUCUAGUGCCUGUCUUGAUCGGAGGUCUGAUUCUGCUGGUCGGUGCAACUGGCUUAGCAGGAUUCUUCUUUGCAUUGUUUGCAGCAGUAAUGGGUCUCCAAAAGGGAGCAUAUUAG